AUGGAAGGCCAAGCCGAAGGAAUCCCUCCUACUCAGCCCGUCCAAGAAGGUGGGCAUAUACAUCGAUCGUCCACAGCGAGUUCCCUACACCAUAACAAGUUUGAAGAUUCGUUUUUCUCAAGAGUCCAUUCCUUCUUCCAACGAGAUAGUCACAUAGGUCAUGUCGGUCGUCAUCCUUUGCGUGACAGCCUGGACAUCGAGAUACAUACCUGGGAGGGCCCAGAUGACCCAGAUAACCCAUUCAAUUGGAGCAAAACAUAUAAAUGGGUGCUCACUCUGACUAUUUGUUUCAUUUCCAUCCUGACAGGUCUGCCGGCUGGAUCAUACGGCGCUGGAAACAAAUACAUGGAACAACGCUUCCAUGUUCAAAAUGAGCCCUUUCCAAACCUCGCAUGGGCUACAGCUUCUUGGAAUAUGGGCGCUGCAUUCUGGCCCCUGAUAUUUGUUCCAUUGACCGAAUCCUCGGGGCGCAUGCCCGGGUAUUUUAUUGCAUAUUUCAUUCUGGUCGUAUCACUAUUUCCUUCGGCCUUUGCGCAAAACUUUGCCACCCUAGUCGUUACUCGAUUCUUUGGAGGUGGCGCGUCUUCUGUGUCUAUCAACAUUGUGGGAGGUAGCAUCAGUGAUGUUUGGUAUGGCCCCAAAGCUCGGAGCUUACCAAUGUCUUUAUUUGGAUUUACAAGUGUGGUUGGGAUAGCUUUGGGUCCAUUUAUCGGAGCAGCGAUUCAACAGAUCCAUAAAAGCAGUCCGUGGAGAUGGAUUUUCUACAUUCAAAUCAUCUAUAACGCUGGAUUAAUCCCGGUUUUCUGGUUCAUUCUUCGUGAGACCCGUGCAGAUGUGAUAUUAAAAAGACGUGCCAAAAAGCUCCGCUCGGAGACCGGCCGCCCUAUAUACGCCGAAGCGGAUUUGGAUACCACCAGCGUCUUGAAGCUUGUGCAGAUUUCAUUCGAGCGCCCUACACGGAUGCUCCUCACGGAGCCUGUGGUCAUAUUUUUCACCCUAUGGGUCAGCUUCGCGUGGGGAAUUCUCUUCCUCUUCUUCUCGAGCGUUGCCCAGACCUUUAGUUCAAACUAUGGCUGGGGAACAUUCCAGACCGGUCUAGUUCAGCUGGCCAUAUCGGUCGGAGCUGUGAUUGGCACAGUUCUCAACCCUAUCCAAGAUUGGAUCUACCUCGACUCCGCGAACCGAAAUCGUGAGCAUCCAGGUAAACCUAUCCCAGAAGCCCGGUUGUAUACUUCUAUACCUGGCAGUCUGUUGUUCGCGGCCGGGCUCUUCUGGUACGGUUGGGCUAGUGUUGGGGACGGUUCUGUUCAUUGGAUAGUGCCGACCCUGGGAAUUGGCUGUACGGGCGUGGGAAUAUAUUCUAUCUACAUGGCCGUCGUCAACUAUCUGACGGAUGCAUAUGAGAAGUACGCUGCUUCGGCGUUGUCAGCUGCUUCAUUGGGGCGUAAUACCUUUGGUGCUUUCCUGCCUCUUGCGUCUUUCCAGCUUUUCGAAACCCUGGGUUAUGGCUGGGCUGGGUCGUUGCUCGGCUUUGUCGGACUUGCCCUAUCGGUUGUGCCUGUCGUGCUGGUACUUCAGGGGCCGGCUAUCCGGCGGCAAAGCCCAUUCAUGCGUGAGGCGAUGUUUGACCCUGGUGAUGAGAUUGACCCGGAAAAGGAGCAGGCCUCGGACAAGACGGAAGAUUGA